AUGGACCGCACCGCGGGGCUCUCCUCUGAUAGCAGCUCUAGCACCACACAGUCUCAGGAUGCAUCAGGGGCCAAUGUGGCCCUUCUUAACGCAGCAGGGCAUUCUGGGGGGUUGAGUUCUGAGGCAGCUGCUGAGGAGGAUGAGGAAGCUCCAGUGGGUGUGGUGGUGCUUGGAGGUCAGGGUCAGAGAGAGGUCAAAGGUGAACUAGCUAAGGUCAUUUACAGCCUAGAUGUAGACCAACCCAGACCUCUGGGACUUGUAGGGUUGGGUGGAAAGGAGGAGGAGGAGGAGGAGGAGGAGGAGGAGACCUCUGGUAACGUCAAUCUGUUCUCUGUGACUCUGGGGGCUUUAAAGAGGGAGGAGGAGGAUGAGACAGAUGUUUUAUUAGGCUGUUCCAAACAGGAGCAGAAGCCUCUACUUCCCAUAGACUCCUUACAGAGGAUAUUAGGACAGGACAGCAUGAGAUCACAGGGUGAGAUACAGGAAGAUACAGGGCUAGUACUGACACCGCCGCAGACAGACUGCACACACACACACUCUGGAUAUUCAGUUAGACGUGCUGCCAGCUGCACAGGGGCAUUCUCUGACUGACUUCCUGGUAACGCACACUGGCACUGCGCAGUCUCACAAUGAGACAGAGGAGGAGGAAGAUUUCUCA